AUGGCUACCAAAGAAGAACAGCCACAAGUCUUGGAAAACAAAGAAGAACCAAAGGAGGAGAGUGAGCUACCCUUAGUUGUUGUGCUUCGUUCCAAAAACUUCAACCUUCCCCUUGAAGACCACUUACAGAGUCAUUUCCACCUACUUGACCCAAAUGACUCGCCUGAUGAGUCGACCAAGUCCUUCCUAUCUCGCCAUGCCCACUCGGCUCGUGCCUUACUCUGCGUGGGCUUGACCCCUCUCAUUGCUGACACCCUUGGUCCCCAACCUAGCCUGGAACUCGUGGUUGGGUCCAGCGCUGGUGUUGAACACAUUGACCUUCACGAAUGUCGCCGUCGUGGAAUCAUGGUCAUCAAUGCUAGUGCUGCCUUAUCUGAGGACGUAGUUGACUAUGCCGUGGCACUGUUGAUUGAUGUUCUGCGUCGAAUAUCGGCUGCUGACCAUUUUGUUCAAGGCAGGUUAUGGCCUGUGAAAGGAGAACAUCCACUUGGUUUCAAGGUUUGUUUUUGA